UCGUAACGUGGAAGCCAUUGGAUCGAUGAAAGUUCACUCGGCUUAGUUCGUUCUUCAUAGUCAUCCCUUGAGCAUCAGAUGGCUCCACCGGGAGAUUCGAAAACAUUUUUUAAAGCUGAAGGUGGUAGAGGACAACAGAGCCCGAACGAUCUGGAAGAAAUGGUCUCGAAGGCAAACAAACUCGGUGGAUCCGAACAAGGCAAGACAGGAGUCAAUGGGAUUUUACUCGGCCCACCAGGAGCCGGCAAAGGAACACAGGCACCCAAAUUAGCAGAGAAAUAUUGCGUUUGUCAUUUAGCUACGGGUGACAUGUUAAGAGCUGUUGUGGCAUCUGGUUCUGCAUUGGGAAAGAAAGUGAAGCAGGUUAUGGAUGCAGGACAACUUGUGAGUGACACUCUUGUUGUGGAACUCAUUGACGACAAUCUCAACAAACCUGAAUGUGCAAAUGGUUUCCUUCUUGAUGGAUUUCCGAGAACAGUGGUUCAAGCAGAAAAGCUCGAUGAACUGAUGGAAAAGAGGAAGACUGGAUUGGAUGCUGUGGUUGAAUUUGCUAUUGACGAUUCACUACUGGUGCGGCGGAUUACUGGAAGGUUGCUUCACAAGCCUAGUGGAAGAACUUAUCACACUGAAUUUAACCCACCCAAGGAGUCAAUGAAGGAUGAUGUUACUGGUGAGCCGCUGGUUCGUCGGUCAGAUGAUAACGAGGUUACCCUGAAGAAACGCUUGCAAGCUUAUCAUCAGCAAACUUCACCGCUGGUCGACUAUUAUAAGAAGCGCGGGCUCCAUUCUCGCAUCGAUGCUGCAGAAACCCCGGAUGUUGUUUUCAAUAGUGUUUUGAGGGAGUUUGAAAAAGCGAAAGCUCGCGCCAGGAAAUUUUUUUAAUGAAGAAUUAUCUCCGGAUGACAUUAUGAAUUAGGUUGUAAUUGCCCUCCUUUGAUGUCCAUUCGAGAAUUUUUUUGACAUACAUAAUGUGUGAUAGGCCUUCCCACAAAAUAAAGUGACGUAGAAAUGCGUAAAUAUCUUUCCGGAUUUCUAAAUAUCACAGAAUAUUUUUCUCCAAACAUCUCAAAAAACCCUUUUUAAAUAUCUUGUUUUUGUUAACGUUUUAAAAUUAACCGAUUUUAGACCAAAAUUUUCCAAUUUUCCAAAAAUUUUGUACCUGUAGUAGAAGGAUAUGAGGAAGAAGAUCCAGGCGCUGCAAUGUCACCGGCAUCGCUCAUCUUGGAAAAUUGCUGCUUUAGUGCUUUUAGUGAUGAAAUACAUGCAUAUUUUUCAAAUCCACGCGAAACCACUUGUUUCUGUUACAGAAAUACCUAUUGUUUCGAGAAAAUAACGAAGAAUACACAGGCCCAGCCAAAAAAGCUAUGAAUAUUUCUAAAUAUCCCAAAAAUAUUUUUAAAUAUCUCAAUGCUCCCUAAAUAUCUCGGAGAUUUCUAAAUAUCCCCAAAAUAUCCGGAUAGUUGUGGAAAGUCUUAAAUUGUGUGAAAUGUGCGUCAGCGGGGUGAUAAAAAUGCUCUGGUGUUCUGUCUAAUCAAAAUAAACAAACCAAUUUGAAACCA